GCUUAUUUUUCAAAUAUAAGCUUAAUUUUCAAAUCAGCAGGUUGAGCUCUGUGCACGCCGGCGACGCCUUUUAUGAUUUCCGCCGGAAUCUCUAAAUGGUCCAAACUUCCCGCCGCCGCCCUUGCGGCGACGGCUACCUUUUCGCUCGUUGUCACCUUCUUCUCUGGUAGCUUCUCCCCCUUCACCUAUCUCUCUCAUCCAAAACUAUCGAAGAAAAUACCACUCGAAACCCUAAUCCGUUGCGAACUUCCAGCUUUCAUUUGCAGGCGAAAAAACAGGCUUCUGUCACUCCGCGUUAAAGAGCUUGAAGCUUCUCUCGAAGCUUCUUUGGAGAUGGCUGCAUCGGAGCGGCGUGGGAGAGUUAGAGCCCAGCAGGCGCUGCGGAUAGCUUUGACUCAGCAGAGUUCUGAUGGUUCGACAACCUCUAGAUCAGAGUCAGCUGCUUCGUACCCCAUGGCUCCCAUUGGUUUCGUGCAAUCCUGCUUUGCCACCAGGAAUGGUACACCGAGACAACCCUUACUAGUCCCUCUUUCUAGAGCAUGCUUAUUGUUUGAUUCCAGCCGAGUUCCAGCUGCUGCAUUAGAUGGACUUGGUGAAUACUCGCAUUGUUGGGUCUUGUACGUAUUUCAUCUGAACACCGACCUUGAGAAGUUGUGGAAACAAACCUCCAGAUCAAAAUUUAAGGCAAAGGUGAGAGUCCCUAGACUUGAAGGUGGCAAGAUGGGAGUCCUUGCCACAAGAUCACCACAUAGGCCUUGUCCUAUUGGUCUUUCUGUUGCAAAGAUUGAGGCACUUGAAGGAAAUGCACUUCUGCUUUCAGGAAUAGAUCUGGUAGAUGGAACGCCAGUACUUGAUGUCAAACCUUACUUGCCAUACUCUGAUAACGUUCAAGGAGCAACUAUUCCCAAAUGGUUGAAGGAGGAAAAUGCAUUGGCCGUAUCUUCAAUUAGCUUUUCUGCGGAAUUUAAUUCUACUCUAUCUAUCUGCUGGUUGAAAAACGAGAAAAAUUCAUUAUAUUCAUCCAUGGAUGAAUUCCAGAGUUUUAUCAAGGAGGUUCUCUCCUGGGACAUCAGGUCCUUUUCCCAGCGGAGCAGACCACAUCAUGGGAUUAUUGAAUGUGAAAACCAUGGAUUCUCAUUUCUCUCAGAAAAUGGUGGUGAUGAACCUCCUGGUGUCAUUUAUCAUUUGAUUCUCGAAGGAGUCGACAUCUCGUACCGAAUCGACGACAGAUCGAAUAUCUUGGUUGAGAGAGCCACCCUUCUCUCUGGCGUAAGUGCUGCGAGUAAAGAUCACUACAGUUACUCUACUUGGAGACACAAGUUAGUGAAAAAUUAAGGUGCAUUUACAUACAUAACACACAAUUCUUUUGUAUUUACAUAUCCAAAACCUAAACUUUCAUUUUUGCACGCAUAUCGCUAAACUAUUAUAACUUUUUCAGUAUGUGAAUAUGGAAAUUUAGAUGUGAGAUAUGUAAAUUCAUAAUAGUUGUGUGCUGGGUAUGUAAAUUCGCCAAAAUUAAUUUAGCAGCACAAUGAUCAUGUUAUAUUAAGAGUACAAGAGUUCGGUACGUAUUAAAAAGCUUUUGUUGGCUAGCAGCAGGUUGUUGGUGCAUUGAAUAACUUCGCUGUUUUAUUUAAAGUCGUUGCUUCAAUUAUGUGAGUUCUGCCGGUGGCGGCCAACUACCGGCUUUAAUAUGUUUAGUUGUGUUACUCUAUAAUUCUCAAGAAGCAAAUA